AUGGGAGAUGUGAAGCUGGUUGCUUCAACACACGUUUCCAAAACUUCCCUGGGAGUGGAUCACUCGAGAGUCGGCUCCAUGCCCCUGACCGAGGCCCCUGCUUUCAUUUUGCCUCCUCGGAAUCUCUGCAUCAGAGAAGGGGCCACCGCCAAGUUUGAAGGAAAGGUCCGGGGUUACCCUGAACCCCAGGUGACGUGGCACAGAAAUGGGCAACCCAUUACCAGCGGGGGCCGCUUCCUGCUAGAGUGUAGUAUCCGGGGGACUUUCAGCCUUGUGAUCAAUGCUGUCUGUGAGGAGGACAAAGGGAAGUAUACCUGUGAAGCCACCAAUGGUAGUGGUGCCCGCCAGGUGACAGUGGAGUUGACAGUAGAAGGGGACGUUGUAAAGAAGCAUGGUCAGCCUGUUGUUUCCAAAACCUUGGGGUUUGCAGUCCCUGCAGUAGAGACCCGUCCUAGCAUCUGGGGAGAGUGCCCACCAAAGUUUGCUACCAAGCUGGGCCGAGUGGUGGUAAAAGAAGGACAGAUGGGACGAUUCUCCUGCAAGAUCACUGGCCGGCCCCAACCACAGGUCACCUGGCUCAAGGGAAAUGUUGCUCUGCAGCCAAGUGCCCGUGUGUCCAUGUCUGAGAAGAAUGGGAUGCAAGUUCUGGAAAUCCAGGAAGUCAACCAAGAUGAUGUGGGAGUAUACACAUGCAUGGUGGCAAACGGGUCAGGGAAGGCCUCCAUGUCAGCUGAGCUUUCCAUCCAAGGUUUGGACAACACCAACAGGUCAUUUGUGAGAGGCGCACAGGCUGCCAAUGCAGACACCAGGAGGGAGGCAACCAAUGGAAUCGCCAAGGGGCCAAAACUGGAUAGCCUGGAGACUGCAGCCAGAAGUAAGAACAGCUCCAGUGCCCAGAGAGACGCCUCUGCCACCUGUGCCACCAACAGCCAGCCCCAUCCCCUAAGGGAAUCCAAGUUGGAACCGACUGGGGACUUACCCAGAAAGGUCCUGAGGACCCCCAUCCUUCAAAAGACUUCCAGCACCAUCACCCUGCAGGCUGCAAAAGUCCAGCCUGAGCAGCUAGCACCAGCCUCGGGGGCCCUCUCUCCCUCUAGAGAGGAGAGGAAGAGGCCAGCGGCGCCCCCUCCAGCUACCCUCCUCACAAGGCAGUCUGGCCUCCAAAGCCAAGAAGUUGCGAGCGAGGUUGCUGCCAGGAAGAUCCCUAUGGAGAGCUGGAGGGAUUCAACAGUCCCCAAAUUUGAGAGCAAGCCCCAGAACCAGGAAGUCAGUGAGGAUCAAACAGUCAAGUUCAGAUGUGAGGUUUCAGGGGUCCCAAAGCCUGAAGUGGCCUGGUUCCUGGAAGGUGUCCCCGUGAGGAGACAAGAAGGCACCACUGAGGUUUAUGAAGCUGCUGGAUCCCAUUACCUCUGCCUGCUGAGAGCCCGCACGAAGGACAGUGGAAACUACAGCUGUACAGCUUCCAACGUCCAAGGCCAGGUGUCCUGUAGCUGGACCCUCCAGGUGAAAAAAUGGGCCAUGGCGGGGGUGGCCCCCUCCUUCUCCAGUGUCCUGAAGGACUGCACCGUCAUCGAGGGCCAGGACUUUGUGCUGCAGUGCUCCGUGCAGGGGACCCCAGUGCCCCAAAUCACUUGGCUGCUCAAUGGGCAGCCCAUCCAGUAUGCUCACUCCAGCUGCGAGGCCGGCGUGGCUGAGCUCCACGUCCAGGAUGCCCUGCCGGAGGACCAUGGCAUCUAUUCCUGUGUAGCGGAGAACACCUUGGGGCAGGCAUCCUGCAGUGCCCGGGUCACCGUCCAUGAAAAGAAGAGUGACAGGAAGAGUGAAUACCUUCUACCCGUGGCUCCCAGCAAGCCCAUUGCGCCCGUCUUCCUGCAGGGCCUCUCUGAUCUCAAAGUUAUGGAUGGAAGCCAGGUCACCAUGACAGUCCAGGUGUCAGGGAACCCGCCUCCUGAGGUCAUCUGGCUUCACAACGGGAAGGAGAUCCAGGAGUCGGAAGACUUCCACUUCGAACAGCAGGGCACUCACCACAGCCUUUAUAUCCAGGAGGUGUUCCCAGAGGACACGGGCACGUACACCUGUGAAGCCUGGAACAGUGCAGGAGAGGUCCGCACGCAGGCCGUGCUCAUGGUGCAAGAGCCUCAGGAUGGCACCCAGCCCUGGUUCAUCAGCAAGCCUCGCUCGGUGACAGCCACCCUGGGCCAGAGCGUCCUCAUAUCCUGCGCCAUUGCUGGUGACCCCUUUCCCACCGUGCACUGGCUCCGAGAUGGCAAAGCCCUCUCCAAAGACAGCGGUCACUUUGAGGUGCUGCAGAACGAGGAUGUGUUUACCCUGGUUCUAAAGAAUGUGCAGCCCUGGCACGCCGGCCAGUACGAGAUCCUGCUCAAGAACCGGGUUGGUGAAUGCAGUUGCCAGGUGUCACUGAUGCUGCAGACCAGCCCUGCCAGACCCCUUUCACGGGGGAGGGAGCCUGCCAGCUGUGAGGGCCUCUGUGGUGGAGGAGUUGGUGCUGAUGGUGGUGGUGGUGACCGCUAUGGGACCCUGAGGCCCGACUGGCCAGCAAGAGGGCAGAGUUGGCCAGAGGAGGAAGACGGUGAGGACGUGCGGGGGGUGCUGAAGAGGCGCGUGGAGACAAGGCAGCACACCGAGGAGGCGAUUCGCCAGCAGGAGGUGGAGCAGCUGGACUUCCGUGACCUCCUGGGGAAGAAGGUGAGUACCAGGACUGUGUCGGAAAACGACCUGAAGGAGAUCCCGGCUGAGCAGAUGGAUUUCCGCGCCAACCUGCAGCGGCAAGUGAAGCCAAAGACUGUGUCCGAGGAAGAGAGGAAGGUGCAUAGCCCCCAGCAGGUGGACUUCCGCUCGGUCCUGGCCAAGAAGGGGACACCCAAGACCCCAGUGCCUGAGAAGGUGCCACCUCCAAAACCUACCACCCCAGAUUUCCGUUCGGUGCUGGGCAGCAAGAAGAAAUUACCGGCAGAGAAUGGUAGCAGCGGUGCUGAAGCCUUGAAUGCCAAAGGAGUGGAGAGCCCCAAACCUGUUGGCAAUGUCAAGCCAGCUGAGACCCUCAAACCCGUGGGAAAUGCCAAGCCAGCCGAGACCCCUAAACCCCUGGGCAACGCCAAGCCAGCUGAGACCCUGAGACCUGUUGGCAAUACCAAGCCAGCUGAGACCCUGAAACCCCUGGGCAAUGCCAAGCCAGCUGAGACCCUGAAACCCCUGGGUAAUGCCAAGCCAGCUGAGACCCCAAAACCCCUUGGCAAUGCCAAGCCAGCCGAGACCCCAAAACCCCUGGGCAAUGCCGAGCCAGCCGAGACCCCAACAGCAACUGGGAAAGAAGAACUCAAGAAGGAGGUUAAUAAUGAUGUGAACUUCAAGAAGGGGCAUGCAGGAGCCCCAGAUAAUGAAAAAAGAUCGGAGAGCCAAGGGACAGCCCCGACCUUCAAGGAGAAGCUACAAGAUGUCCGUGUGGCAGAGGGCAAAAAGCUGCUACUCCAGUGCCUGGUGUCCUCUGAUCCCCCAGCCACCAUCACCUGGACGCUGAAUGGAAAGACGCUCAAGACCACCAGAUUCAUCAUCCUCUCUCAAGAAGGGUCUCUCUGCUCCGUCUCCAUUGAGAGGGCCCUGCCUGAGGACAGAGGCUUAUACAAGUGCGUAGCCAAGAACAGCGCUGGCCAGGCUGAAUGUUCCUGCCAGGUCGUCGUGGACGAUGCUCCCACCAGUGAGAAUGCCAAGGCCCCGGGGACGAAAUCCCGUAGACCCAAGAGCUCUCUUUCCACUGUGCUAGGAACAGAGAGUGACGCAACUGUGAAAAAGAAACCUGCCCCCAAGACGCCUCCGAAGGCAGCUAUGCCCCCUCAGAUCAUCCAGUUUCCAGAGGACCAAAAGGUACGCGCUGGAGAGCCUGUGGAGCUGUUUGGCAAAGUGACAGGCACCCAGCCCAUCACCUAUACCUGGAUGAAGUUUCGAAAGAAGAUCCAGGAGAGCGAGCACAUCAAGGUGGAAAGCAGCGAGAGCGGCAGCAAGCUCACCAUCCUGGCCGCGCACCAGGAACACUGCGGCUGCUACACACUGCUGGUGGAGAACAAGCUGGGCAGCAGGCAGGCCCAGGUCAACCUCACGGUGGUGGAUAAGCCAGACCCCCCAGCCGGCACGCCUUGCGCCUCUGAUAUCCGGAGCUCCUCGCUGACUCUGUCCUGGUACGGCUCCUCGUAUGACGGGGGCAGUGCUGUACAGUCCUACAGUGUCGAGAUCUGGGACUCAGUGGACAAGAUGUGGAAGGAACUGGCCACAUGCCGCAGCACCUCUUAUAACGUCCAGGACCUGCUGCCUGACCGCGAGUAUAAAUUCCGUGUGCGCGCCAUCAACGUGUAUGGAACCAGUGAGCCGAGCUUGGAGUCGGAACUCACAACGGUGGGAGAGAAACCCGAGGAGCCGAAGGACGAAGUGGAGGUGUCAGAUGAUGAUGAGAAGGAGCCCACGGUGGAUUACCGGACAGUGACAGUCAAUACCGAACAAAAAGUGUCUGACUUCUACGACAUUGAGGAGAGACUAGGAUCUGGAAAAUUUGGACAGGUGUUUCGACUUGUAGAAAAGAAAACUGGAAAAAUCUGGGCAGGGAAAUUCUUCAAGGCAUAUUCGGCAAAAGAGAAGGAGAAUAUCCGGCAGGAGAUCGGCAUCAUGAACUGCCUGCACCACCAUAAGCUGGUCCAGUGUGUGGACGCCUUCGAAGAGAAGGCCAACAUCGUCAUGGUCCUAGAGAUCGUGUCAGGGGGUGAGCUGUUUGAGCGCAUCAUCGACGAGGACUUUGAGCUGACAGAGCGCGAGUGCAUCAAGUACAUGAAGCAGAUCUCAGAGGGGGUGGAGUACAUCCACAAGCAGGGCAUCGUCCACCUGGACCUCAAGCCCGAGAACAUCAUGUGUGUCAACAAGACGGGCACCCGGGUCAAGCUCAUCGACUUUGGUCUGGCCAGAAAGCUGGAGAAUGCGGGGUCUCUGAAGGUCCUCUUUGGUACCCCUGAGUUUGUGGCUCCUGAAGUGAUCAACUACGAGCCCAUUGGCUACGCCACGGACAUGUGGAGCAUCGGGGUCAUCUGCUAUAUCCUGGUCAGUGGACUUUCCCCCUUCAUGGGUGACAAUGAUAAUGAAACCUUAGCCAACGUUACCUCAGCCACCUGGGACUUCGAUGAUGAGGCGUUUGACGAGAUCUCCGAUGAUGCCAAGGAUUUUAUCAGCAAUUUGCUGAAGAAAGAUAUGAAAAACCGCCUGAACUGUACCCAGUGCCUUCAGCACCCAUGGCUAAUGAAAGACACCAAGAACAUGGAGGCCAAGAAGCUCUCCAAGGACCGGAUGAAGAAGUACAUGGCAAGAAGGAAAUGGCAGAAAACGGGCAAUGCUGUGAGAGCCAUUGGAAGACUGUCCUCUAUGGCUAUGAUCUCAGGGCUCAGUGGCAGGAAAUCCUCAACAGGCUCACCAACCAGCCCGCUCAAUGCAGAGAAACUAGAAUCUGAAGAAGAUGUCUCGCAAGCUUUCCUUGAGGCCGUUGCUGAGGAAAAGCCCCAUGUAAAACCCUAUUUCUCUAAGACCAUCCGUGAUUUAGAAGUUGUGGAGGGAAGCGCUGCUAGGUUUGACUGCAAGAUUGAAGGUUACCCGGACCCUGAGGUCGUCUGGUUCAAAGACGACCAGUCCAUCCGGGAGUCCCGCCACUUCCAGAUAGACUACGAUGAGGAUGGGAACUGCUCUUUAAUUAUUAGUGAUGUUUGUGGGGAUGACGACGCCAAGUACACCUGCAAGGCUGUCAACAGUCUUGGAGAAGCCACCUGCACAGCAGAGCUCAUUGUGGAGACCAUGGAGGAAGGAGAAGGGGAAGGAGAGGAGGAAGAGGAGGAGUGAGACAAAGCCAGAGAGAAGCCGUAUCUAAGCCGUAUUAAAAAGACUAUUUCUCUAAAGCUCAAAAACCCAAGAUAGUAAAAGCACCUAGUGUGAUAGAGUAUCUAGUUAGGUCAUUUGGGGGUCGAUUCUUCACUGAGAGCAGUUGAUACCUAGCAGCGUUAUCGAUGGGCAUUAACCUGAACUAGCCGGCACCUUAAGAUACGAGUGCAGUUAGAUUUCACUUAGGGACAUCACCCAGUAAUAUGCCUGACCAAUUGACUUUAGAAUGAAAGUAACCAAGAUAUAUAUAUGUGUGUGGGCAAAAUCAUACGUUCUCCAACUAAAAGCACUCUGAGAAAUAAGGCCAAAACCUGGGUCCCACAACCGCAGCCCCGCCCCGAGGACCCCUGGAAAUGGAAAGCCUCACUGUCCCAGCCCCUGACUCCAAAUAACUGGUUCGUCUCCAGUACUGCAACACUUCAUUCGGAGAGCAGUUGAGCCCUUCUACCUUAGGAGGCACUUUUAUUCCCAAGUAGCAGAGGUUUGAACUUUUCAUUCUCCCCACCCUCAUUCCCCCUGCCAGUUUUCCUGGAUCUGAACUUGCCAUGAGUUUAAGCACUAAGGACAUUACACUUCUUAGAUUCUGAAGACAGGCCCCCUGCUUAUGGUUGCCUCUGGCUUCUUUAGGAAAACAGAAUCUCCUUCCUUAAAAAAUCAGUAAGAAAUCGAAAUGUAGCCCCUCUUUGAAAGUGUCUAGCAGCUUCAGACAUUUGUGUAAGAACUCAUGAAAAAAAAAAAAUCCUUCCUAAUGUGCUUUGCUUCUUAAAUCAGGAUUCAUAUGUGUGUGCUGUUAUAAGAAUAUCAGCUCUGCAUGUGUGAUAAAGAUUUUUGUGUUUGAAUGUAUGAAAAACCAGUUUGCUGCAAAGUUAGUCUUAAUUAUUUAUUGGCCGCUAUGACACAGAUUUCCGCUGAUGAAGAGCUGUAGACCUCCACGUACUUUGGAAUCUCCUUCAGGACAGUCCGAGUUUAGUACAUCUUCAUCCUAGACACUCUCCAAAGGACUCCAUCCUCCUUAUGGGUUCCACGAUACUCGUCUUGAACGUGCAUCAACCAUGCCUUGCCCCCAGCCUUGAA